AUGAAGGACCAAUUGAAUAUGAUGGAGGGAUGUGUGAAAGGUGAUAAUAAUAAUGAGGAGAAUAACGAGAAUAAUAAUAAUAAUAAUGAGAACAAUAAUGAGAACAAUAAUGAGAACAAUAAUGAGAACAAUAAUGAGAACAAUAAUGAGAACAAUAAUGAGAACAAUAAUGAGAACAAUAAUGAGAACAAUAAUGAGAACAAUAAUGAGGAGAGUAAAGAUAGUUGCUAUGACUGCAAAUUGAAAUUCCUAAUUGAAGGUAAAAUGAUGGAAACAAAAAAUGUGGUGGAUUUUAUAAAGCCAUUGAAAGAUGAUAUUAAAGCUUUGGAUUUUUUACUUUUCGAUAUGUUAAAAGAUAAUUUACCACAUAAUCUUUUCGAAAUAUUAUGUAGAAUUCAUGAUUUGUCAGAAAAAUAUAGUGAAAAUCCAACAGAUGAAAAUUUUGGAAUGUUAAAAAAUUGUAUAUACAAGCUGGAUGAUUCAUAUUUAGGAACCAUUGUAAAUGCUUUUGGUCAUAUGUGUAUUUUAUCCAAUUUUGCUGAGUGGGCUCAUAGAGGAAGAAGACGAAAAGCUUUUGACAAAUCCUUCACUCCAAAUAAUAAAAUAUAUGGUUCUGUUGAUGAAACAUUGAAAGGAACAUUCCACAUGUUGAUAAACAAUGGAUUUGACAUUAAUGAAAUAUAUGAACAACUAUGCAAUCAGACAAUAGAUUUUGUACUGACGACUCAUCCUACACAAGCUAUCCGAACAUCCCUUUUGAAAAAUUACAUUCAAUUGGCUGAAUUACUAUUAAAGCUAGAUAAUACAGAUAAAGAAUUAUAUAAAAAAAAAUUAUUGUAUGAUAAUUUAAAAACAUAUUUAUUAGCAUCAUGGAAAACAGAUGUUAUUAGAAGAAUUAAACCAACUCCAAUAGAUGAAGCAAUUUCUCUAGUUGAUAUUGUAGAAAAUUGUAUUUUUUAUCGAAUUCCUAAUAUUAUAAGAUAUAUAGAUAAUGUAUUUUUUGAAUAUAACAUGCCUCCAAUUAAGUUGUCCUCAAAAAUUUGUUUGUUCUCUUCAUGGGCUGGAGGGGAUAGAGAUGGAAAUCCAUUUGUUCUUCCAGAAACUACUAGAUAUGUAUGUUACAUGAACAAAAUAAGAGGAUGUGAAUUAUUUAUUCCUAUGAUUGAAAAAUUGAUAAGAGAUUUAACUCUUCACCAUUGUACUCAACACUUUAGAAGUUACGUUAAAUUACUAGAAGAUGAAGUAUCACAUUACAUUUUUGACAAAGACAGAAAAUAUUUAUCUCAGAAAUUUCAUUGGUUCUCUCCAUUUUCGAAAUCAAAUAAAAAUGAAAUAUAUCGAAGAGCAUUACUAGUUGUAUGGGCAAAAUUAAAAAGUGUUAUACAUGUAUACAAAGCUUUGAUUUCAUGUCAACCAGUAGAUGAAGACUUUGAAAAAUUAAUGUUUAACAAUUCAGAUGAAUUUGAAGAAAUUUUAAUGGAAUGUUAUAAAAGCUUAUCCGAGUCUGGAAAUUCUCUCAUUGCUGAGGGGUACCUAAAGGAUGUUAUUAGAAAUGUGAAAAUCUUUGGUCUACAUUUAAUGAAACUAGAUAUUAGACAAGAGUCUGAAAAACACAUCCAAGCAAUGGAUUAUAUAUGUAAAAAAUUACAAAUUAAAAAAUAUUCCCUCUUGUGUGAAGAAGAAAAAAUUGAUUUUUUAACCAAUAUUCUACAAUCAAGUAGACCAUUAAUACCGAAUAAUAUAGAACAAGAAGAAGAUGUUCCAAACGACUUUUUAAAUGUUACUAAAACAUUUGAUGUGUGUUCUCAAAUUGAGGAAAAUGCAUUAGGUGCAUACAUCGUGUCAAUGUGUAAUCAUGCUUCUGACAUUUUACUUGUUGAAGUAUUCCAGAAAGAGUUAAAAAAAAAUGCACAGAGAAAAACACAGAGAGUUGUUCCAUUAUUAGAAACUAUUCAAUCUUUGCGAAUGUCAUGUACCAUUUUAGAAAAUCUAAUUAAAAACCCUUGGUAUAAAACUCAUUUAAGUACUCAUUUUGAUAAUAAACAAGAAAUUAUGAUUGGAUAUUCAGAUUCAGGGAAAGAUGGUGGUAGGUUCACAUCUGCAUGGGAAUUAUUUAAAGCACAAGAAAAACUAGUACAUAUAGGAAAACAAUAUUCUGUAGAAGUUCGUUUUUUUCAUGGUAGAGGCGGUAGUGUUAGUAGAGGUGGAGGCCCACAACAUCUAGCCAUUUUGUCACAACCAAUUGAUACUAUAAAAAAUUACCUAAGAGUAACCAUACAAGGAGAAGUUAUAGCACAAGAUUUUGGACUAAAAGGUAUGAUGUUAAGAUCGAUAGAAACAUAUAUGAGCGCCCUUUUGAAAUGUUCCAUAUUACAAAAUACAGUUUUGAUAAAGGAAGAAUGGAGACAACUAAUGGAUGAAAUUAGCGAAUUAACAACAAAAGAAUACAGACAAGUUGUUUAUGAAACUAAAGAUUUUGUGAAAUAUUUCAGAUGUGCAACACCACAGGUAGAAAUAGGGAAACUGAAUUUGGGUUCAAGGCCAUCAAAGAGAAAACAAGGAAAUGUAGAAUCGCUAAGAGCAAUCCCUUGGGUUUUCUCAUGGACACAAAAUCGAAUGCAUCUACCUGUAUGGCUAGGUAUUGAGCAAAUUUAUGAUUACCUCAUAAGAAAUAAUAAAUUAAAACUCAUGCAAGAUAUGUACAAAAAUUGGCCAUUCUGUACUAGCUUCUUCAACCUAAUUAGUAUGGUUAUGGCAAAAGCUAGCUUACAAAUAGCAGAAGAAUAUGAUAUCCUAGUCCCAGACGAAUUAAAACACAUUGGAAAAAUUCUAAGAGAGAAAUUAAAAAAAGCCAUGGAAUUGACAUUUCUAGUUACAAAUGAAAAAAACUUUUGCGAUAACGAUCAGCUAACCAAAAGGUCUAUUGAGAGUAGAACCAAAUGGGUAGCUGUUUGUAACUUGAUUCAGAUACAAGCACUUAAGCGGCUGAGGGAGCAUGAGCAGCAGAUGGAGGCACAACAAGGGUUGGAAGAAGAGAUGGAAGCACAACAAAGGUUGGAAGAAGAGAUGGAAGCACAACACGGGUUGGAAGAAGAGAUGGAAGCAGGAGGGAAUGUGGAGAAACUUAAUAAGGAUAAGCACUGUACGAGCCAUGAUACAAUAUCAAGUAAAAAUUAUCAUCCUAGUAAUGAUUUCAACGGAGUUAUCGAAAAUAGUGAAAGUCUGCAGGGAAAGAUGAAAGAAAAACACUUUAAUUUAAUUAAAAGAUCUGAAAUGAAUUCUAUGGAUAAUAAUUACGAGAGUGGUAUAAACCAAAACAGGAACUUGCGUAUUCAUUCUUACUUGAGUAGAAAAAAAAGCAAAUUAAUAAAAAAUCCAAAGUUCCAUCCUUUACUAGAAUCACACUCUUCUGAUUAUAUACAACAUGAGGUUGAGAAAAGCUUUUUUUUUGAAGACCUAAGAAGAAUGCAACUUUCGUAUGAAAGGUUAUCAUCCAAGGCACACGAUUCGACCUAUGACGAGAUAACAAAGACGUACAUGGAUUAUACCUCCUUGAAUGAUGCAUUGAUAGUAUCUAUCAAAGCAAUAGCGGCAGGAAUGCAGAACACUGGUUAG